GAGAACUUGAUGUUGAGCAGAGACAGUUUUCAUGAUCGAAAUAUUUCUGUGUUGACAGCGUAUGUGCUGUCAAAAAAUAUUAUUAAUAAACACAAAUCAAGACCCUUACGCUGGUGCAAAUACCUAUUGCAGAACAACUGAGUAUCACCAUGUUCUCCGACCUCAGUACCCAGAAGGACGGAACAUUGAUGGGUCAACCUACCGCAGAGUGUCCAGUGUUUGACCGAAUACAGCCCACCUACUCCAGCUACUCUGAGCGAUUCAAGCUCGGCGAGCGCAGUUUCAGCCGGCAAUACGCACACUUAUACGCAGCACGGCUGAUGCAGAUGAGGGAUAUCCUGACCACCAGAGCCAAGCAGACAUGGGGAGUAAAUGUACCAGUGCGUAGGCUCUGUGACCUUCGCAUGGGAGAGCAGUGUUGCAUUGUGGGCACCCUCUUCAAACACAUGGAGCUGCAGCCUUCGAUCCUGAAAGAGAUCAGCGAGGAGCACAAUCUUCUGCCUCAGCCACCACGCACCAAGUACAUCAGCCAAUCAGACGAGCUCAUCCUGGAAGAUGAGCUGCAGCGAAUCAAACUGGAGGGGAACAUUGACGCGGCCAAGUUUGUCACAGGCACCGUGAUCACCGUGUUCGGCGCGGAGAAGAACGACGGAAAGUUCACGGUGGUGGGCUUCUGCGUGGCGGACCUGCCCCCCCAGGCCCCCCGACAGCCCCCGAGCUCUGACCGGUUCGUGGUGCUGGCCUCGGGGCUGGGCCUGGGGGGCGGCGGGGCGGACAGCCUCCUGGGGCUGCAGCUGCUGGUGGACCUGGUGACGGGGCAGCUGGGAGACCUGGGCGAGCAGAGCGGAGCGUCCCAAAUCUCCCGCGUCCUCCUGGCGGGGAACCUGCUGAGUCAGAGCACUCAGGACAAGGACUGCUUCAGCAAGGCCAAGUACCUGACGAAGAAGACCCAGGCGGGCAGCGUGGAGGCCAUCCGCAUGCUGGACGAGUUGCUGGUGCAGCUGGUGGCCUCAGUGCCAGUGGACGUCAUGCCUGGUCAGUACGACCCCACCAACUACACCCUACCCCAGCAGCCCCUCCAUCGCUGCAUGUUCCCACUCUCCACCGUCUACCCCACCCUCAGGCUGGCCAGCAACCCCUACCAGGCCGAUAUCGAUGGAGUCAGGUUCCUGGGCACGUCCGGUCAGAACAUCAGCGACAUCGUUAAGUACAGCAGCAUGGACGACCACCUGGAGAUCCUGGAGGGCACGCUGCGUCUGUGUCACAUGGCCCCCACCGCGCCCGACACGCUGGGCUGCUACCCGUUCUAUCAGAAAGACCCGUUCAUCCUGGAGGACUGUCCGCACGUCUACUUCAGUGGGAACGCGCCCGCCUUCCAGUCCAAGCGCAUCGCAGGGCCCGACGGACAGGAGGUCCUCCUGGUGGCCGUCCCGGACUUCAGCCGAACACAGUCGGCCUGCCUGGUCAACCUGCGCACCCUGGAGUGUGAGCCCGUUCACUUCUCCUCGUUCUCCACCGAGGAGGAGGACGACAGCGAGAUGAACAUCAGCCACUGAACAUCAGCCGCUGAACGGCACAGACUGCCCCAGCCCCACCACGUCAAGGAGAAGGACAGCGAGACGAACAUCAGCCACUGAACAUCAGCCACUGAACGGCACAGACUGCCCCACGACCCACCCACCCACCCACCCAGCACCACCAUGUCCCCCAGUCCCACCAUGUCAAGGAGAAGGACAGCGAGAUGAACAUCAGCCACUGAACAGCACAGACUGCCCCAGCCCCACCACGUCAAGGAGAAGGACAGCGAGACGAACAUCAGCCACUGAACGGCACAGACUGCCCCACGACCCACCCACCACCACCACGUCCCCCAGUCCCACCACGUCAAGGAGAAGGACAGCGAGAUGAACAUCAGCCACUGAACAGCACAGACUGCCCCACGACCCACCCACCACCACGUCCCCCAGUCCCACCACGUCAAGGAGAAGGACAGCGAGACGAACAUCAGCCACUGAACAGCACAGACUGCCCCAGCCCCACCACGUCAAGGAGAAGGACAGCGAGAUGAACAUCAGCCACUGAACAGCACAGACUGCCCCAGCCCCACCACGUCCCCCGGCCCACAGACUGCCCUUCCACCCACCCAGCACCACCAUGUCACCCAGCCCCAGGCUUCCGUAGCAGGAGAGCCAGAGGACCAUUUCAUUGGUGAACAGGACACACAUGUUAUUGGACAUUAAACAUCAGAGGCUGUGUUUUUAAUGGACUCAGUGACCACCAUGCACGUCUUCACAGUGAAUACUGUGUCAGGUGUCAAUGUUUAUGUCAGUUAUUUGAAUAUACAUCACUGGGUCUCACGAAUGCCCUUUGUUCUCACUUGGAGUGUGUGAGUGUGUGAGUGUGUGAGUGUGUGAGUGUGUGAGUGUGUGAGUGUGUGAGUGUGUGAGUGUGUGAGUGUGUGAGCACUUGAGUCCAGUAUAAUUUAUGGCUCCAACUCAAUCCAAAUAAGCAAACCCAUGUUUAUUAAAUGAAAUAUAAAGUUUCUCUGACAAUUGAUUAAUUGGGAGCAUUUUAGACAUUUUCCCUCCCAUCAAAACCAACUGUUUGCUCUCAACUGACUCUUCUCUCCAAAGACAUUGUCUUUGUUAACAGUGGAAAAACUGUAAAUAAACUCAACUCUUGCA